GAUUGAGAUCGAGAUGAUUAAAUGCAUUACAGAAAUAGUUUAUGUACUUUAUUUAUAUUUUGUAAUGAUAUAAUAAUAUUUUUGUAGUGAGUCCGUAAUUCAUCAACUUUAGUUAAUAGUUAUAAUUGUUUACUUUAUCAGUGUGCAGCAAUGGCAAUCUUAUUUUCUUUUAGUCUUCUUAUGGCAAUGCAUAUUGGAAAUGUCAAACAAACAAGAAAAACGUCGUCGCGUUCUUUUGAAUUUCAGGUAAACAAAUACAAUUAUUUGUGUUGUACAUCAAAACAAAUUGUAAUUUAGCCAUGAACAAAGCCGCUUCCGAAAGUAAAAUUAAGAAGACGCUGAUCAGAAACUAUGAGGUAAAAGUAAAACCGUCGCCGUCGACGCGAAAACAAGUUGUUCACGAUGUCGGUUCCUCUUCAAACACGACUUCGCAAAAAUCUUCAAGUUCCUCGCAAAAAGAGAACGAAUUGAGCCAGCCAACAUUAUGUACCAGCGGAGCGAUAGCUACUUAUUUAUCAGAUAUGAAGAAAUUAAGCGCUCCUCCACUUUCGUCGGAAGAUUUGAAUGUUGAUAAAGGACAGCUGUGUGUUAAAAUGACAAAAAAAUUAAACUUUCAAUUCAAUGACAAAAUCUACAAAAAUCUCAUUGAGUUAAACACCAAAGUGGACAAUGUAAAAAGUAAAAAGGAACGUAAACCAUUUACUAAUGCCUCUGUGAAAAAAGAUUUGGAACCGAACAUAGAAGAUUUUUAUGAAGAUGAGAAAGAAAUAGAUACUCCGCCCAGUAUUCCAGUUUCUAAACCAAAGUUUAAGGCAGUAAAAAAAGUAGAUGAUGGCCGGUUACACAGAUUAGUAGCAGAGUUCGAGGAUUUAUGACAUUUUGUGUUUAUUAUAUAAUUAUUUUCAAUUUGUUAUUUAGUUUUUGUUUUAAAAAUAAAAUUGUUGUAAAUUUUUUGACUAUAA